AGUGAAUUACUUCUGGGCGAAUGGUUUUUAUUUCCGGGCUAUAGGACAAGACAGAGCCGUUUAGCCUCCUGUAGGCGCUGAGGCAGCGCUGCCGCCGCCGCCAUCAUGUCAGACACGGAUAGCGAUGAAGAUUCCGCUGGAGGCGGCCCAUUUUCUUUAACUGGUUUCCUUUUCGGCAACAUCAAUGGAGCCGGGCAGUUGGAGGGAGAAAGCGUCUUGGACGAUGAGUGUAAGAAGCACUUGGCAGGCUUGGGGGCUUUGGGGCUGGGCAGCCUGAUAACUGAACUCACAGCAAAUGAAGAAUUGACUGGUACUGAUGCUGCCCUGGUAAAUGAUGAAGGAUGGGUCAGGAGUACAGAAGAUGCUGUAGACUAUUCAGACAUCAACGAGGUAGCAGAAGAUGAAAGCCGAAGAUACCAGCAGACAAUGGGGAGCUUGCAGCCUCUUUGCCAUGCAGAUUAUGAUGAGGAUGACUAUGAUGCUGAUUGUGAAGACAUUGAUUGCAAGUUGAUGCCUCCUCCACCUCCACCUCCAGGACCAGUGAAAAAGGAUAAGGACCAGGAUGCAAUUGCUGGUGUGUCUGAAGAUGGAGAAGGCAUCAUCUUGCCCUCCAUCAUUGCCCCUUCCUCUUUGGCCUCAGAGAAAGUGGACUUCAGUAGUUCCUCUGACUCAGAAUCUGAGAUGGGACCUCAGGAAGCAGCACAGACAGAAUCUGAGGAUGGAAAGCUGACCCUACCAUUGGCUGGGAUUAUGCAGCACGAUGCCACCAAGCUGUUGCCGAGUGUCACGGAACUUUUCCCAGAAUUUCGUCCUGGGAAGGUGUUACGCUUCCUACGUCUUUUUGGACCAGGAAAGAAUGUCCCAUCUGUUUGGCGCAGUGCUCGGAGAAAGAGGAAGAAGAAACACCGUGAACUGAUACAGGAAGAGCAGAUCCAGGAGACGGAGUGCUCAGUAGAAUCAGAAGUCAACCAGAAAUCUUUGUGGAACUAUGACUAUGCCCCACCACCACCUCCAGAGCAGUGUCUCUCUGAUGAUGAAAUCACAAUGAUGGCACCUGUGGAAUCCAAGUUUUCCCAGUCAACUGGGGAUACAGAUAAAGUGACAGACACCAAACCAAGAGUGGCUGAGUGGCGUUAUGGGCCUGCUCGACUGUGGUAUGAUAUGCUGGGUGUCCCUGAAGAUGGCAGUGGGUUUGACUAUGGCUUCAAACUAAGAAAGAUGGAACAGGAACCUGUGAUGAAAUGUAGAAUGGCGGAUGUAAGCAACACGGAAUACAGGAUACCUGAGGAAAGCAGUGGCACCGAUCUUCUGGCUGAUGAAAACUUCCUAAUGGUGACACAGCUGCAUUGGGAGGAUGAUAUCAUCUGGGAUGGGGAGGAUGUUAAACACAAGGGGACAAAACCACAGCGUGCUAGCCUGGCAGGCUGGCUUCCUUCCAGCAUGACUAGGAAUGCCAUGGCUUACAAUGUUCAACAAGGUUUUGCAGCAACGCUGGAUGAUGACAAGCCUUGGUACUCCAUUUUUCCCAUUGACAAUGAGGAGCUGGUAUAUGGACGUUGGGAGGACAAUAUCAUUUGGGAUGCUCAGGCCAUGCCCCGGUUCUUGGAGCCUCCUAUUUUGACACUUGAUCCCAAUGAUGAGAACCUCAUUUUGGAAAUUCCGGAUGAGAAGGAAGAGGCUACUUCUAACUCUCCCUCCAAGGAGAGUAAGAAGGAAUCAUCUCUGAAGAAGAGUCGAAUUCUGUUAGGGAAAACAGGAGUCAUCAAGGAGGAACCACAGCAGAACAUGUCUCAACCAGAAGUGAAAGAUCCAUGGAAUCUCUCCAAUGAUGAAUAUUACUACCCUAAGCAACAGGGUCUUCGAGGCACCUUUGGAGGAAAUAUUAUUCAGCAUUCAAUUCCUGCUGUGGAAUUACGGCAACCCUUCUUUCCUACCCACAUGGGGCCCAUCAAACUCCGGCAGUUCCAUCGCCCACCUCUGAAGAAGUACUCUUUUGGGGCACUAUCUCAGCCAGGUCCCCACUCAGUCCAACCCUUGCUAAAGCACAUCAAAAAGAAGGCAAAGAUGAGAGAACAAGAGAGGCAAGCUUCAGGUGGUGGAGAGAUGUUUUUCAUGCGCACACCUCAGGACCUCACAGGCAAAGAUGGAGAUCUUAUUCUUGCAGAAUAUAGUGAGGAAAACGGACCAUUAAUGAUGCAAGUUGGCAUGGCAACCAAGAUAAAAAACUACUAUAAGCGGAAACCCGGAAAAGAUCCCGGAGCCCCAGAUUGUAAAUAUGGAGAAACUGUUUACUGCCAUACAUCUCCUUUUCUAGGCUCACUCCAUCCUGGACAAUUGCUGCAGGCAUUUGAGAACAACCUUUUUCGUGCUCCAAUUUAUCUUCAUAAGAUGCCAGAAACUGACUUCCUUAUCAUUCGCACAAGACAAGGUUACUAUAUUCGGGAAUUAGUGGAUAUUUUUGUGGUUGGCCAGCAGUGCCCUUUGUUUGAAGUUCCUGGGCCCAACUCCAAAAGGGCCAAUACUCAUAUUCGAGACUUUCUCCAGGUUUUUAUUUAUCGCCUGUUCUGGAAGAGUAAAGAUCGCCCACGACGGAUCCGAAUGGAAGAUAUAAAAAAAGCCUUUCCUUCUCACUCAGAAAGCAGCAUUCGGAAGAGGCUAAAGCUCUGCGCUGACUUCAAACGCACAGGCAUGGAUUCAAACUGGUGGGUGCUGAAGUCUGAUUUUCGUUUACCAACUGAAGAGGAGAUCAGGGCUAUGGUGUCUCCAGAGCAGUGCUGUGCUUAUUACAGCAUGAUAGCUGCAGAGCAGCGACUGAAGGAUGCUGGCUAUGGUGAGAAAUCCUUUUUUGCUCCAGAAGAGGAAAAUGAGGAAGAUUUCCAGAUGAAGAUUGAUGAUGAGGUUCGCACUGCUCCUUGGAACACCACACGGGCUUUCAUUGCUGCCAUGAAGGGCAAGUGUCUCCUGGAGGUGACUGGGGUGGCAGAUCCCACAGGGUGUGGUGAAGGAUUCUCCUAUGUGAAGAUUCCAAACAAACCAACACAGCAGAAGGAUGAUAAAGAGCCUCAGCCAGUGAAGAAGACAGUGACAGGAACAGACGCAGACCUCCGUCGCCUUUCACUGAAAAAUGCCAAGCAACUUCUACGUAAAUUUGGUGUGCCUGAGGAAGAGAUUAAGAAGUUGUCCCGCUGGGAAGUGAUCGAUGUAGUACGCACAAUGUCAACAGAACAAGCUCGCUCUGGAGAGGGACCCAUGAGUAAAUUUGCCCGUGGAUCAAGGUUUUCUGUGGCUGAGCAUCAAGAGCGUUACAAAGAGGAAUGUCAGCGCAUCUUUGACCUGCAGAACAAGGUUUUAUCAUCAACUGAAAUCUUAUCAACUGACACAGAUAGCAGCUCAGCUGAAGACAGUGAUUUUGAGGAAAUGGGAAAAAACAUAGAGAACAUGUUGCAGAAUAAGAAAACCAGCUCUCAGCUGUCACGUGAACGGGAGGAGCAGGAACGGAAGGAGCUACAGAGGAUGAUACUGGCAGCAGGCUCAGCAGCAUCAGGAAACAAUCACAGAGAUGAUGACACUGCUUCUGUGACAAGCCUUAAUUCUUCUGCCACUGGCCGUUGUCUCAAGAUUUAUCGCACGUUUCGAGAUGAGGAGGGGAAAGAAUAUGUUCGCUGUGAGACGGUCCGAAAGCCAGCUGUCAUUGAUGCCUAUGUGCGCAUACGGACCACAAAAGACGAGGAAUUCAUUCGAAAAUUUGCCCUUUUUGAUGAACAACAUCGAGAAGAGAUGCGAAAAGAACGGCGGAGGAUUCAAGAGCAACUGAGACGACUUAAGCGAAACCAGGAAAAGGAGAAGCUUAAGGGUCCUCCUGAGAAGAAGCCCAAAAAAAUGAAGGAGCGUCCUGACCUAAAACUGAAAUGUGGGGCUUGUGGUGCCAUUGGGCAUAUGAGAACAAACAAAUUCUGCCCUCUUUAUUAUCAAACAAAUGCUCCCCCUUCCAACCCUGUUGCCAUGACAGAGGAGCAGGAGGAGGAGUUGGAAAAGACAGUCAUUCAUAAUGAUAAUGAGGAACUUAUCAAGGUUGAAGGGACCAAGAUUGUCCUAGGGAAACAGCUAAUUGAGAGUGCAGAUGAGGUUCGCAGAAAAUCUCUGGUUCUCAAAUUCCCUAAGCAGCAACUUCCUCCCAAGAAGAAACGGCGAGUUGGAACUACUGUUCACUGUGACUAUCUGAAUAGACCUCAUAAGUCCAUUCACCGGCGCCGGACAGACCCCAUGGUGACAUUGUCAUCCAUUUUGGAGUCUAUCAUCAAUGACAUGAGAGAUCUUCCGAAUACAUACCCUUUCCACACUCCAGUCAAUGCAAAGGUUGUAAAGGACUACUACAAGAUCAUUACCCGGCCAAUGGACUUACAGACACUCCGUGAAAAUGUGCGUAAACGCCUCUACCCAUCUCGGGAAGAGUUCAGGGAGCAUUUGGAGCUAAUUGUGAAAAAUAGUGCAACCUACAAUGGGCCAAAGCACUCACUGACCCAGAUCUCUCAAUCAAUGCUGGAUCUCUGUGAUGAAAAACUUAAAGAGAAAGAAGAUAAAUUGGCUCGUUUAGAGAAAGCAAUCAACCCCUUGCUGGAUGAUGAUGACCAAGUGGCAUUUUCUUUUAUUCUGGACAACAUUGUCACCCAGAAAAUGAUGGCAGUUCCAGAUUCUUGGCCGUUUCAUCACCCAGUUAAUAAGAAGUUUGUUCCAGAUUAUUACAAAGUAAUUGUCAGUCCAAUGGAUUUAGAGACCAUACGUAAAAAUAUCUCCAAGCACAAGUAUCAGAGUCGGGAGAGCUUUCUAGACGAUGUCAACCUUAUUCUGGCCAACAGUGUUAAAUACAAUGGGCCUGAAAGUCAGUAUACUAAAACUGCUCAGGAGAUUGUGAACAUCUGUUACCAGACACUGACUGAAUAUGAUGAGCAUUUGACUCAACUUGAGAAGGAUAUUUGUACAGCUAAAGAAGCAGCUUUGGAGGAAGCAGAAUUAGAAAGCUUGGACCCAAUGACCCCAGGGCCUUACACACCUCAGCCUCCUGAUUUGUAUGAUACCAACACAUCCCUCAGUAUGUCUCGAGAUGCCUCUGUAUUUCAAGAUGAGAGCAAUAUGUCUGUCCUGGAUAUUCCCACUGCCACUCCAGAAAAGCAGGUGACACAGAUGCACCAGGGCCGAGGUAGGCUGGGCGAGGAAGACUCUGAUGUAGAUAUUGAAGGGUAUGAUGAUGAGGAGGAGGAUGGGAAACCUAAGACACCAGCCCCAGAAGGUGAAGAUGCAGAUGGUGAUCUUGCAGAUGAAGAGGAAGGAACUGUGCAACAGCCUCAAGCCAGUGUCCUGUAUGAGGAUUUGCUUAUGUCUGAAGGAGAAGAUGAUGAGGAAGAUGCUGGGAGUGAUGAAGAAGGAGAUAAUCCUUUCUCUGCUAUCCAGCUGAGUGAAAGUGGAAGUGACUCGGAUGUAGGAUCUGGUGGAAUAAGACCCAAACAGCCCCGCAUGCUUCAAGAAAACACAAGGAUGGGCAUGGAAAAUGAAGAAAGCAUGAUGUCCUAUGAGGGAGACGGUGGGGAGGCUUCUCAUGGUUUGGAGGAUAGCAAUAUCAGGUGCUAUGACUCGGGUUUAACCUCCACGCGGAAGAGGCCAAGCACAGCAGGAGUCCAACUCAGCGAAGCUCCUGUGGUACACGCUGAACGCAAAGAAAACCCAGCGCAGGGGAAGGCCCAUCAUGCUGGAAACGGGGACAGCGAAAAAUGAACUCAGCAGAAAGCUCACGCGGCUCAGUCUCAGAUUCUAGAAGACCUCCGGUUAAGGUAGGAGGUCCUCGCUCCUAUGGCUGGAGGGACAUGCCUAACAAAAUCUUAAUUCCUUUACAAUCUUUCGUUUCUUGUUUCCUCGAACCUCUCGUGAACAGGCGGGCAGCAGUGGGCACAAUUGAGGGACUCUGGAGAGGCUACUCCUCAGCAUGUCCUAAAGGCGCUAUCUGCUGAGCCCCAGUAGCUGUUACACAAGCCGGUGGGGGUUCUUCUGUCCUUACUUUUCUUUGUGCCAAGGAUCAGACCAAUGAAAACUGUGAGCACCGGUCAGAUAUUCAGCAAAAUUUCCCACACACUAUGAAGGGGAUCCCUUGGCAUGUUUUUCCCACUGCUUUUUUUUCCUCCUGUCCUUCAGCUCUCUUUCCCAGGACUUGAGCCCUACCAAAACCCAGGAUGCCCGGCUUCAGGACCUAAUGAAGCUCAGGCUCUGAUGUUUCAUUGCAAAAAUUCAGUUUGAGACAAAGCGAUAGGUAAAGAGUUGGACUUGUUAAGAUUCAGAGAGAAGCGCCCACUCUACAGGGUACUGGCCAUGGAAUGCGGCCUGGCUAGGUUUUGCGAGGGGGAUGAAUUCAUAUGCUAAUGAGUGGGAAGAUCAUCCCAGCCAUUGGGGAACC